CUAAACUGGCAUCAACAUCAGGCAGCUCCAGAGACUGGGAGUCCAUAUAGACUGCUGUGUUUGCAGGAAAAUGAUCAGACAAAAACAGAAGAGAGAGAUAUUGGCUAAACUAGGGAUGGGUCACUAUGAGGAGCCACUGACCCUCCAGGGUAAAAAUAUGAUGACUACCCUCAGUGGCCAGAACCUUCGCCCGUCGUCUAAAAAUGGCUGGGAUUCAAAAGCACCUGGCCAUCAUCUGUCACCAGGCUGCAGGGAGAACACCGCAGCUCAGCUUACUGCAGCCGGGCCGCCACUGGAGUCCGCCCCGCGGAGGGACCCUUCCCCCCGGGACCGCCAGCGGGAGCGCGAGAACCUGCCCCCCCCCAGACGCCCGCUGAAGCUGGCCCCGCUGGAGCUCCCCAAGGAGGUGAGAGAGUCCCAGCGCCGCAAGAUCAGGGGGGUCCAGCAGGAGGCCGCGGCAGCCGCCCGCAAGAUGGACGCCCCGGGGAACGAGCCGUGCCCCAGGAAGGCCAGGACAGGCACGGGGGGCGGGCGGGCCAGGUCGCCAGAGCGUCGCCCGAGCGGGCCCCUGCGCGAGCCAGUCGAGCGGGAGGCCCCGUCGCCCGCGAAGGCCCAGGCCCCGGUCGCCCAGGUGCGAUCCGCCGGUCUCCUCAGAGCGGCGGGGGUUGCCCGGGGGGACGGGCCCCGGGGCCCGACCGCGCUCCCCAGCAAACCAGCCCUCCCGCCCGGCCCCGACGCCAGGGUUCGAGCGGCACGCGCUGGGGAGGUCGCUGCAGGGAACCCCGGCACGUUCCAGGACGUCGGCAGGAGGAGGCUCAGGCUGAGGAGGGCUCAGGGCGUCGACGAGGAUCAGGGCAGAUUGAGCGUGUCGAUGACGUGCGGAUUAUCCGCGGGCGAGGGCAGAGAGGGCGAUGGGAAAGAGGGCCAGCGGGCUGAGAAAGCGCUGAGCGAGGCCGGCCGCGCCCUGGACAAGGCGUCCCGGAGGCACACCAGGCCGCUGCGUCACAUGGGAAACGUGGAGCUGUCGGGAAAGCCCAGCAAGAGAAUGGCGGUUGGCAGCAACCAAGAUGGCGCUCUCUGAGUGUCAGUGUAAAAGAACUCUUAUUCUUUCACUUAGGGAAUUCACAUAUAAAAAGGCAAGCUAUUUUAUACUCAUGAGUUGGAUAGUCAAUGCAAGGAACAUGAUAUAGAAGUGCAAUAGUAAUAAUAUGUAACCAUUUUAAAGCCUAUAAAGAGAUUGUAAGGCAAUUCUCAGAUAGUUGGGACACAUAGGAAAGUGUAUUAUCUAACAAGGAGGGAAAAUGUAAUAUUUCAGUAUCUGCAAAGCUGGAAAUGUAAAAAAAUUACAUCAAUAUGUAAAUGCGUCAUUUUCCAUAGAGAUCCACACGUUCAAGUGUAACACAGAGAGUACAAAGCUGUGCCAAAAAUGGAAAACACUGUUUAUUUUCAUCGUACGGUAUCUUACAGCUUCACUGAAAUAGCCAAGUAUGAAAUGUUCAAGUUUCAAGAUUCUGGUUCCCACAAAAACAACAACUAACAAAUGUUUACAUCCAUUGUGAGAGUGAAUAAAGAUGUUAAAACUUC